AUGUUAUCCACGAGUGAGUUCAGCAUAAUUUUCGAAAAUUAUGAUUGCUACGGAAAUAUCUGUGGAAUGAAAAACAAUGUUGUACCAGCAUUGGAGGCAGUGGAUAUGAGUUCGAAAAAGUUCCUAAUGCACACAAAUUUUAUGAAUCCAACAUAUUCGGUACCCAUCUGUGUGCAUAAUUGUACGCCAGAGAGGAUUCACUCAGUGGAUACCAUCGAAAAAACGUAUAUAGACAAUGAUAUCGCACUAUGUGACUGCAGAGUUCCUGCCAGUCUUCGAGGAUCCCGGCCCCGCUUUGGCUCUACACCCUUGUGUGUCGAACCCCCAUUGGAACCUACUGAAAUCAUAGGCGGCGUUUGCGUCCCGAAACGUUUCAAAGUAGACUAUCAGGAGGAUCAACACACUGGCCUCCCGAGGUCACACGAUUCGGUGUUGCUUACCCUGAAUGAAGAUAUUGAACUGCGUUGGCCAUGGUUACAGCUAAUGCUUUGUCCUGCUUUUGCGUUUGGUAUUUCCUACAUCGUCAUGGUGCUGGUCAUGUGCACCCCAACCUAUUCUAUCCCGGUCUUGUUCGUACUUGCACACUUUGGCCUAAUAGGUGCUUUCUCCCUGCUCGUUUCACGGGCCAUAGUGCACCACAGUUUAAAUGUUCGGCUUGGCUGGUGGCCUGGUCAACUAUUUCACUCACUCGAACGAUUUGGUCAGGCACUGUUCGUGCUGCUCAUCUGUUCCUGCUGCAUUGCAUGGUUCCUUCUACUGUUAAUCACAACCAAACUUUGGCACCCAAAUUCCAAAUGGAGGAUGGUCAAUCUGAAUGCAACGCAGCGGCUAAUGAGCUUGGUAUCCAAGGUACUCCGUGAUCUUCCUGGAUUAUGGUUGCUCGUGCCGCUGGUGCAGAUCUUGUUUCUUGUCACAUUCCUGCCUCUGCGGCUAAUGAGCUUGGUAUCCAAGGUACUCCGUGAUCUUCCUGGAUUAUGGUUGCUCGUGCCGCUGGUGCAGAUCUUGUUUCUUGUCACAGUCCUGCUUCUGGUAGGCGGAAAUUUGUUGCUGAUGUUUACACUAGCUGAGCCCAUAAAGCUGGAAACGACAAGUUGCAUUUCCUUCCGACUUUUUUUCUGGGUGCAGUAUGGUCUCAUUCCCGCCUUUGUAACCUACGUAAUCUGGAUGCUGCGGCUCUUGUUCGCGGUAUUUCAAACGAUUCCUACGGUGUUUGUUUCAGCUUGGUAUCAUUCUCCUGCCGCUAGUGCACCAUGUCCAUUACGAUCUAUCCUUGGCGGAAUUUACCAAAGGAUAUGUCAACAAGCAUUGGGGAGCUUGAGCUUGGCUUCGUUGCUGUCCAUCUCAAUGUGCCUUCCUUUCCAGAUUCUCGCAAUACUCAAAGUACUUCUGGUCAGUUGGCCGUUGGAUGACUCUGAGGUGUUGGAAAACCGCAAAGAACGGUGUACCGGGAACAUGUGGUGGAGGAUAGAACAUCGGUUGCGUCAGUUGGAGUCUGGUGUGUUCACACUCAUAGUUGAAGAGCAACACUCUUUCUCCAAAUCCUGGACGUUGCUCAGCCGGGGUUUUUGUGACCAUCUAUUCUCCACUGGUUUGGUCGAACUGGUGCGCUGGCCGCAGUUACUUUUCAGCCUUGCCAAACUGGGGUGCGCUCUGCUCGGCACAUGCUUUGGACUGUUGUAUUUUCCUGUGAAACCACCGAUGGUUCUCGGAUUUCCAGCCAUUUUUCUUGGAAUGUUCAUCCUAAGCUACCUUGUUGCCUCAACUGCAAUAUCCAACACGCAGCACAUCCUGUCAACUAUACUAAUUGCAUUCGCCAUAGAAGAGGAUGAAAUAUUUGCCAGAAAAAUACUGAACGAGGAGGUCCUCGUUGGGUUUAGACACGAGAUAAUAAAGAAUCUCUUCUCUGAGUCAGCGCCACACAUGUCAGACACGAUGAAUUGCACUGAGAACUUCAUUGCGCCAACCACAGAACACAAUUCUUUCCAACGGACAAGAAAAGCAAAUAGAAAGCAACGAAUUAUUCAAGUAUGAUAUUUUCCAAACGAUCAACGGGCGUGUCCUACACACCACUGACGUAACAACUGCGGCCGCCAAAGAAAGUGUGUACCCACCCUUUUUUCCCCGCAUUGUGGGAGAUUUAAAAGCAAUAUUCACGUCAAUUUUUAGUCCCAAAUUACCGCGUUUGGGUCGAACCGCAUUUUACAUAUUGGUUCUUACUGCUUACAUUUUUGAACUAGUAAUCUGUUUAUUCAUUUCUCAAUAUAACAAGC